GAAACGGCUGAUCCCACUCUCACCUCCACACCUCUGACUCACAUAACUUUUCCACACUCUUCACCUCGACAUUACCAACCGGACCGGCUCACAGCUGACACUCACGGGAAUAUCUCACUUGCGUUACAGAGGAAGACACAGAGCUCAGCUGAGAGGAAGCGCUCAUUCAUAUCCUGCAGAUUGUUUUUUCUUUGCAAUUUGGGGAGGGGGGGACUGAAAGUUGACAUCGUCAUGUCUUGCGGCGAUCAGAGUCGGCGGUUCUGCGUGUUGUCCUGGGAUCAGGUGCAGCGCUUGGACUCGAUCCUGGGAGAGGCUGUCCCCAUCCACGGCCGAGGAAACUUCCCCACUCUGUCCGUGCAACCCCGCCAGAUCGUCCAGGUGGUGCGGGCGAGACUGGAGGAGAGGGGUGUGUGUGUUAAGGAUGUGAGGCUGAAUGGCUCGGCUGCCAGCCAUGUGCUCCAUCAGGACACUGGACUGGGCUAUAAGGACCUGGACCUGAUCUUUGGCGUGUCGCUGAAAGAUGAUCAGGCCUUCCGUCUGGUGAAGGAUGUCGUGCUGGACUGCCUCUUUGACUUCUUGCCAGCCGGGGUCUCUAAGGAGCGCAUCACAGCACUAACCCUCAAAGAGGCCUAUGUACAGAAACUGGUGAAAGUCUGUAAUGACACGGACCGCUGGAGCCUCAUCUCGCUGUCCAACAACACGGGCAAGAAUGUGGAGCUAAAAUUUGUGGACUCUUUACGGCGGCAGUUUGAAUUCAGCGUGGACUCCUUCCAGAUUUGCCUUGAUUCUCUGCUCUUAUUUGACCGCUGCUCAGAGACGCCCAUGUCUGAGAGCUUUCACCCCACUGUGAUCGGGGAGAGUGUGUACGGGGACUUCAAGGAGGCCAUGGACCACCUCUGUCAGAGGACCAUAGCUACGCGCAGCCCGGAAGAAAUCAGAGGGGGCGGCUUGUUGAAGUACUGCCACCUGCUGGUGCGGGGGUUCAGACCCUCUUCGGAGGCGGACAUGAAGCAGAUGCAGCGCUACAUGUGCUCACGCUUCUUCAUUGACUUCUCUGACAUAGGAGAGCAGCAGAGGAAACUGGAGGCCUACCUGCAAAACCACUUUGCUGGGAUGGAGCACAAACGGUACGAGUGCCUGAUGACUCUGCACCAAGUAGUGAACGAGAGCACCGUGUGUCUGAUGGGCCACGAGCGGCGCCAGACGCUCAGCCUCAUCUCCAUGCUGGCGCUGAAGGUGCUGGCUGAACAGAACGCCAUCCCCACUGUGACGAACGUCACGUGUUACUACCAGCCAGCUCCGUACGUGCAAGACAUCAACUUCAGUAAUUACUAUAUCGCACAUGUGCAGCCGCCGCAAGUUUCACCGUGCGCUAAUUCAUAUCAGACGUGGCUGCCCUGUAGCUGAACCGGCUGUGAGAAGGGCAGAGGUGGACUCAUCUCCAUCACUCUGUAGCUUUCAACGGAAGUGGACUGAAAACACAAAAAAAAGAAAAAAAAAAAAGAAACUCAUGUUUGCCAAAUGUGACUUGACUUAAACAAUCCUGUACUGCUGUACAUCUGAUUGAGCCGACACGUAAAAUUUUCUCACUUGUUUUGUCUUGCAAAACAUCUGUAAGAUUGCUGGUCAUUUCUGAGAUGUAGCGAUAAUACCUUGUUUAAGUAUUAAAGAAAAGUCUCUGUGAAGCUUUAUAUAUGUCCAAAAAAAAAAAGAAGCAUUUUUGAGAAAGCAGACUUUGAAGCUGGAGCUAUUUUCAUACUCUGGCUUUAUUUUUUUAAAAUUACAUACCGGACCAAAGAUGUAUUUGUUGUUCAGAAAGGGAAUGUUGUUAUGAUUCCAAGUGCCUAAAAUGAACCAUGAAAUGUUCUAAAAACAUCUGUAAAGUGAGAGCUGUGCAUUCAGUGUUUUCUAGAUUAUUUCGUCUCUCUUUUCAGGAACAGAAGCAUUCAUUUU